CCUCCAAUAGUAGUUAUCUGUUUCAAUUGAAAGUCCAGUAGUUUGGACUAUCAUCUUUUGUACUAAUUUUCUCAACUAAGAAGGUGCUUAAAUGAGUAGUUCAUCAUGUGCUGAUGGAAUACUUUUUGCCCAUUGUUAUAAUCAGCUAGUUACCUUAGAUCUUUUGGGAGUUCCUAAGAAAGCCAAACUAAUUAAAUUACAGGACUAAAUCUGUAGAUACAAACCAUAAAAAACAAAGAUAUGAACCACGCUACUGGUGUACCCAUCAUCAGUUUGUAUGAUUGCUAGCGAGAAUCAUUUAAAUAUUCAAACAUUCCAGGCAAAGUUGUGUUAUCAUAUUGUCAGAAUGGUUGUGGCAUGUUUAUCAGUCUAUGACUAGUUGUUUAAAAAGUGCUGUUAAAUAAAGGGAUGGAGUCUGUUUACCUGUUGGAUAAAUAUGUAUAAAUAUUUCUUCUUCAGUUUAUAACCACCAAUAAGAGAUUCUUGUAAUCAUUUGAUUGUGAACAGGACUGCACUCCACUUCCUUUAUAUUUCAAAUUUAUUUUGGACAUUGAAUUUUAUGAUUGUAAUUAACUAAUAUGCCAUUAACUCAUAACUAGUGUCACGGGUAUUGCCAGCAGCAUAUCUUCACUCUUUUGUUUGGAAUCUUCCAGUUUUGCAGGUCAUUUGUACAUAUAUUUAGAUAUCACAUGGACAUGUGAUUUGACUAUUUAAUUUCUGUCUUUAUUGAAGUAUUUAGCUUCUCAAGCAUCAUUGAAAUUUAGGAAGGUAAGGAAUUUAAUUAUUUGUGUUUGAAGUAAUAUCGAACAGAUUCAAUAUUUGUCAAUAAUGCUAUUUGUUUUUUGCUUCUUAGUGGAGUUCUAGGUGCAUGCAUAAGGUAUGCCUACAAACCUGGUUUUAUGCCAUUCCUGCUGGAAUUCAUCUUUUCCACUUAGCUUGAGAGCUUUGUUUGAAUCUGUUUGUGAACACUGGGUUUUGUUCUUAAAAUGAGGAAAAUUGCAGUAAACUUGACAGGAAACACAUGGAAAACUGGAACAAUAUUCAUCAGUUAUUUGAAAACUGCUGGAGAACUUAGUUGGAAAGCAUUAUAUGCUAGUUUCACCUGGCAACUUCUUUGGUUUCUUGUUGGUUUCCCAUGUAUUUUCCAUGUAAUGUUGUUUGCCUUUUCCUGCUUUCGGACAUUUUCUAAGCAUAUUUCUACUUAUCCAUAGCUUCCAACAUUAGUUUGCCACAAUGGCAGAUGUUCUGUAGUAAGAUUUUUUUUUCCUGCCAACCAAUGUCUCAAGAGUCAAGAGUACCUUGCUAAUAAUCUUUUUAAAUGGGUGCAGUGUAGAGUGUUUAAUUUAUGAAUAGUGCAUCGGCUUCUUUUGUUUUAAUUUUUAAUUUUUUAAAGCAAGGACGGUUCCCCUCCUUACACUUACUAUAAGAAAAAGAUGAGGAGAAGAACACGCAACUUGUGCUAUGACUGUUGAUUUCACAAUGGGAGCAAUUUGUCUUAUGUUUUUCUCAUUCAGUGUUGUCUGGUACAUGUUUUUCUGUUUCAUUGAACUUCUAACCAUUUGAUGUGACUGUUAACCCUCAUGUCUAAAAUUUAGCAGCAGACUGCAGUAUAAUUUGUUCUUUCAGCACUAAAGCAGGCGGAAGUGCUUUAUGCGCAGCUGGCACAAUAAGAAGAUCCUUUUGAUAUGUUGAGGAAUCUACUGUGGGCAACUACAAAGCAUGAUGUCUACAUGAUGCAGAACUACUCAGUUAUGCACUGGUCAUCUUUGCGCCAGAGAAGCAAGGAAGUACUCAAUGUAGCUGGACAGAUUGUACCAGCCGAGCGCCGUGGAUCUUCAGUUCAACCAGUUUCAAGGGUACAGAUCAGCACAAUGGCUGUAAAAGAUAACUUAAUGGUUGCUGGUGGUUUCCAAGGGGAGCUCAUAUGUAAGUACCUGAAUCAACCUGGUGUGGUCUUCAGUACAAAAGUAACUUAUGAUGACAAUGCCAUCACCAAUGCAGUGGAGAUCUAUCAAACCUCUGAAGGUUCCACUCAUUUGAUGACUGCUAACAAUGACUGCCUUGUGAGAGUCUUUGACACUGAGAUCUUCACCUUGCUCAGUCAAUUUCCAUUUUCUUGGUCUGUGAAUACUACUUCCGUUAGUCCAAAUGGCAAGCUUCUUGCUGUUCUUGGGGACGACACAGAGGGACUUAUUGCAGAUACCAAGUCAGGAAAAGUGAUUGGAAAUCUGAAGGGGCACUUGGAUUAUUCCUUUGCAUCAGCUUGGCACCCAGAUGGACACAUCCUAGCUACAGGGAACCAGGACACAACAUGCCGGCUAUGGGAUGUAAGAAAUCUAUCGGAGUCCCUUGCCGUACUUAAAGGGAGGAUGGGUGCCAUCCGGGGCAUCAAAUUUUCUGCAGAUGGCCAUUUCAUGGCCAUGGCCGAGCCGGCUGAUUUUGUUCACAUAUAUGAUGCAAGGGCCGAUUACCGCAAAGCCCAAGAGAUCGAUCUAUUUGGGGAGAUUGCUGGCAUGUCCUUUAGCCCUGAUACUGAGGCUUUCUUUGUGGGCAUAGCAGACCGCACCUACGGGAGCCUGUUGGAGUUCGGCAGGAGGCAUCAUUAUCAAUAUAUGGACUGUUUCCUGUGAUUGAGAGAAGGCUUGAUAGGUAGUUUUCCCCAGUUACCAACCCAUGAGCUCCAUUUAUCAGGCCAAAAUGAAGGGGAGAUGGUAGAUGUGUCACUGGAAUGCUUAUGUGGUUUUGGGAGAGACUUUGACCAUUGAUCUUAGAGAAGGUGGCUUUCAUUUCCUAAUUGCUGCAUAGGAAAACUUUCGAAAGUGGUCUUCUUUUUUGUACAGAAGUUGAAGUGAAUAGGUUGAUGUCAUGCAUGUGUGUUCAUAUGGAGGACAUUUCGUUUUAAUGAGAUCCUCCCCACUUUUUUGGUUCUUCCAUAUAUGACUAUCUUUUCUACACCAUUUCUUCCAGAAGCUAGUUGUACUUAUUUGCAAAUUUUGGAUGUGUAUAUCUACAGCUCUACAGUGGCAGAAGAAGAGAUCCAUUUGGUUUCCUUUUUGUUU